AUGUACAUACACAUAUACAGCAGCUUUGCUUGGCUCUCUGCUCCUCAAUGCCCUUUUUUUCGGGGUGCUGGUAACCAGCAGAGCUGCCCAGCUCAUGGUUUCAGCACACUUCAGCCACAGACAUGCCCCCAUGGCGAGAACCUCAGCACCAAGGUUUAUCUAAGCCGCCUGGCAGCUCUGCGGCCCAAAAGCCGCAGGCUUCAAAGCAGAAUGCCACGAGAAACGCGAGUUUAUCCGAAUUUGCAGCCGGCCUCCCAGGAGCCCACAAUACCCGCGGGCUCCCUUAGGGGCUUCCUGGCGCGUAGCCUCUUCACCUUCCACAACCGGUGCCAGCUGAUGCUGAGGAUGACCCUGGCCACUAAUCCACAUGCUCGACUUCUUCUUGAGGCUAUGAAGCAAUCUGGUUGCACUGUCUUCAAUGACCGGCACUUUUCUUGUGAGAACUGUGAUAGCUGUGUCGGGGGAGGUUUUGAUUCUGCCACAUCUCAGAUUGUUCUGUGUCAGAACAAUAUUCGCCACCAAUCCCAAAUGAACCGUGUGGUUACACAUGAAUUGAUUCAUGCUUUUGAUCACUGCCGUGCACACGUUGACUGGUUCAAAAACGUCAAACACUUAGCGUGUUCAGAGAUUCGAGCUGCUAAUCUCAGUGGAGACUGUACACUGAUGAAUGAAAUAGCCAGGUUUAAGUUCGGAUUAAAGCGACACCAACAGACUUGCGUACGAGACCGAGCUAUUCGUUCCAUUCUGGCUGUUAGAAAAGUUAGCAAAGAAACGGCAGAAAAAGCUGUGAAUGAAGUUUUUGAUGCCUGCUUCAAUGAUCUGGAGCCAUUUGGAAGAAUCCCAUACAGCAAAUCAGAUGCAAAACGUGCUUAUAAAGACUUUCAGAACCGAGGUCGUUAUUAUGCUAAUUUGUAAAGGAAAAAGCUUGAAAAAUAAAUUUUUUAAUUUUUGGUUACACCUAGGUUAAGCCUAUGCACACAACUCUGGUGGA